UUAUUAACACCUACGAAUUUUUCAAAGCGUAAAUGGGUCCUUUUUUGUCAUUUCAGAAAUAAUAUUUUCUUCAUAUUUUGUUGAUGUAUGGACUGACAAACUACAUGUCCCCGGUUUUGAUAACUGAAGACACCUGUACACACGAGGCAUAGUUAUUUCAUAUUCGUUUCUCAAAUAAAACCUUCAAGGACGCCAUUGCUUUACUUCCUACUUUCACACCUGAAUAAGUUUCAUUUCUGCGGAAACAACCCAUCCCUUGGUCCUCCAGCGCCCUCACCCUCCCGUCUGACAUUUCAGCCAAUGAAAUACUUACAUUUGAUAAGUGGGAGGGAAUUGCGGCUUAGCUAUAAACGCAGACACCUAGUUUCGUUUUGGGACUCGUUGUAUUAACAAGGAAUCAUCAGCAGGGAUUCAUCAUGAUGGCUGUAUGUGGCAUACUGUGUAAAUCCGUCAUUCUGAUCUUCAACAUUUUGUACACUGUGGUGGGUCUAGCCUUUCUGGGGGUCGGUGUGUGGCUGAGAGCUCGCUACCCAGACGCGUCUUCCGGGUCUGGGGAUUAUGUGCUGAUAGCGGUUGGCAUAGUGAUGCUAAUCACUGCGAUCACCGGGGACAUUGGCGGCUGCGGAAACAAGUCCUUCUCUCUGGCAACGUUCUGUGUUCUGCUGGUCGUCCUGAUGGCAGCCCAGCUCGCCCUCUACGUCCAACGAGAAAAGGUGGACCACCGUCUGGUUGAGUUCUACGUAUUCCUGUACACGAUCUACAUCACCGCCGCGGCCGGAGACCCCGUGGUGGCAGGGACCCUCAGAGUGAUUCACUACACGAUGGACUGCUGUGGCGCUGUGGGACUUGUGGGCGUGGACCCCAUCUCCCACACCUGCCCUGAUCCGUCAGGGUUCCUGGACCGCUUCAUGUCUCCCUGUCCUAGUGUUCUGGUGGACGUCAUGGGCAAAGGUCCUCCUUUGGCCAUGGGCAUCUUCUACGGCAACGCUAUGCUGAUGUUGCUUUGUCUGCUUUGCAGUCUGGCUCUUUACAAAAUUCUGAAGAUGGCCGCUUCCCCUCGCUACACCCAGCUCACUCAGACUGUGGUUUCCAUCUCUGGCUCCCACGCCCAGCCCCACCUCUACCCUUACCUCUACCCUGGUGACGGUGUCGUCCUAACCUCCAUGGAACCCGAACUGCUGGCUGAGGCCUAACUCUGCUCAUUCUCACUUUCUCAGCCCUUUUGUUAGGCAAGGGGUUGCGGGCUUCACCUCCUAUCCUACGGUCUCCCUGACCCCCACUCCUCCUUCUCCCUCUCCUUUGGUUCGCCUUCUACAGGUAGCAACCCUGGCGGCUGCUGGGAUCCUCUUGGGACUUAAGAGGAAACCCAUGACCCACCAGCUCCUUCCACAAAACAUCGGCGUUUACUGAGCUCCUCCUCUCCCCUAAGCCUGUUUAGUCAUUUAGUCAAACAUCUUUGAAGAUGUCAAGUCAGUUUUUUUAAACCCUUUUUUAUAAAUUGUUACAUUGUUGGUAGCCUUGCAUCCUUGUUCGCUUAACAUUCCAGUUGGUAUUCUUAGAGUUUAAAACUGCACAUGUUAGAGAUUACAUGGGCAAUUUUGUUUGAUUAGUUUUAUAUUUAAAAAUGAUGUUCUGGGUCAGCUCUUGCACUAAGCAGUUGUUUUUAGUUUUUUUUACGUUUAAUAGUGCAAUGCAUCCAGAGCCUUUUGCAAUGAAAACGUAAUAUUAUUGAUAGUAUUAUUUAUAGAUAAAAAGCUAAAUGUGAAAGGAUGUUAUUUUAAAGAUUAACAUGUGAAUAUAGACGCACAUUCCUAGCCUUUUCUGGUUGAUGUGGAAAUAUCAAUCGUAACUAUCUACAAAAUAUUUUAACACUUCGCAUAAGUCACUUGAAAAGGAAUUUCCAUACAUUCUUGGAUAGUUUGCAUUUGCGUUGCCACUGUAGCCACGUAGUCUGAUACUGAAGUCAAUCGACUGACUUCUUUGUUGUAAUGAUUCCUUUAAAUGUCUUACCGACAUGACAAAUUCCCCCUUGGUGUAUUUUGAUUUAACUUUGUCUCUCCCGCCAUGGUCAUUCCAAAACUCAAUUCUAAACCCAUGUUGGUCAGUGCCCCUCAUCUUUGUUUCAUUUUUAUUAACUGUCCACGAUGUGAAUGUUUCCCUAUAAGAAUAAUGUACACCGAUUGUCUAAUGAAUGUAUGCUUGGUAACUUUGCUGCCUGUAUCCUCCCAUUUUCAUGCUCUAUUAAAUAAAAUAUUUUGCUGUCCUUAGUGUCCUAAAAAGAAGUUAUUCUUCCACUGGUGUACCGGCUACAUUUCUUAGCAUAUGAGAACCAACUUUAUCCUGUUUCUGUUCUUAAACUGUUUCUGUUCUGUUGAAUUCAAAAACAUCUUUACGAACAAAGUUAUCCAUGGGGUUUUACAGU